CUGCUGUGUGGAGCUAUGCGUAAAUUGUUCUCGUAUGCGCACGCGCUAUAUACUUGAGUCUUCGUCUCGUGACUUGGACAACAUUGUCACAUGGUUGAAGUGCAGCGGAAGUCUUCAAUAAAGCUGGAAAUAUCCAUCCGUCGAGUGGUGUCAGUUUGCCAACAACUCAACAAGUGUCAGUUUCAGUAUCAAGGUCCGUUGUUGUGGAACUGAACCCUCUCGGGAAAUCUACAUUGUUGUAUAACAGUCAAUGAGAAUGUCGUCUGCUCAGUAACAAGGCCUGUGUAGGCUUCUCUGACGGACCAAGGACUAAAAAUAGAUUUAGCUCUGUACAAACACAUGUGCAGCUGAAAGUAUGUUGAUAUGCUUCAGCGCCCCGCGGUGACGACGCUAGGCAGACGACAUUUUCUCGCAGGUAGGUGGCAGAAGUAUACGGAAGACUUGGAUUAAAGUCAUUUCUCAUGGAAAACAAGAACGCCAGUCGUACGCGGCCGGAAACGAAGGUGAAGGUCAAAAGUUGAAAAAGAAACUUUGAAGAAGUGUCAGCAGUCUCGUUCCAACGACCAACAUGAAACCUGUUUUGCUUGGCAGUAUUAUUGCCUGUCAUAUGAUCUCGGUCUUGGCAGUGAAGCUCUCGCUUGGAGCCACCGGUGCCAGAGGCAAUCACGCCAUCCAUCAUCGAUCAAAUGCCGUUACUGGAAAAACAGUUUUACUAAGAAACGGAGAAUAUUUAUCCUUUUACUUGUGUCUGAGACAAGAUACGUCCCUCCGCAUCAGCAACGUCAGAUAUUCCAACGACGGCGGCCCUGACCUUGUUUCCUUAACUAUCGACAACGUGGACGCCGGAUCCUUCUUAACCGGGAACAGAUCCGAUUGGGGGAAGCUCUGGAAUGUGUUCCAUAUAUCGGGGCCGGUUGGGAGACAGUGGGUUUUCAGGGAGGGUUUGCAUGUCUUGUCCCUUCUCGCAAAGGCCGCCAAUGGGAUUGAGAUUGAUUAUGUUGAGGUGGAGCUUUCAGAUCAGACCAUAACCCAUGAUAUAUUGACCUGCGCACUUAUGUGUUCGAACGUUCUACCACCCGUUCCCCCAGUAAACCCGAAUGUGCUGGAGAACGCUACCCUCUUACAGACCAGCUAUCCAACGAAGUGCGCAGAAGAAGAUAACGUCAAGAUACCAGUGUUCCUGAAAAACGUCGUAUCUUACACAUUGACGGCAACGUUGCCAGAUUACAAGACGUUCAUCAACGAUCGUCAUCCCAACACAACGGGGUGUGUAUCUCUGCCUUCCGUGUACUGGAAGAUUUCCCAUUUCGUGAUUCCACAACCCCUCAGUCGGGCCACGUUCGCCGGAGUUAGGAUGGACUUCUUAUUUGGUAGGAACAAACCCUUCACCUCUCAGGUACUGCAGAUAGUGUUCAGACUUAAAGGCCGAUCAAAAGGCUACAUAGAUGCUGAUAUUGGGUCUAAAGCAACGAUCAGGAUCCAGCCUGUCAAGUCGAAAGUGACAAUGAGAGUGUUGUACCAAGGACGGGCUAAGAAGGUCUUGGGACUGGUCGAUGAGGUAUUCAAACCAGGGGAGACAACUAAGGAGUGGCACAUUCCUGAUUUUUCGUGGACGGAAUAUGAUGACAAUGUUCUUCUUGUUUCCAUAGUAACAUCUGAAAUAAGCUCUCUGACAAUUGAUUACGUGCAACUUGAGCGACGGUACAUGAGGCCGGAUCGGCCAUUUUCAAUUUUCAGGUCAGAUAAUCUAAUAAUUGAGGGUAUAGACGUUGACUUCUGGUGGCGGGCACCAGAGACAAUGAAAGUCCACCGCUUGGACAAUGGGAAGGUUUUUAACAAGGUGGACUACUUCCGAAUUUCACGUCCAGUUCCGUGGACAACAGGCUUUGCACAGAUAUUUGUUUUAUAUCAAGAUGGAAACAUCCGACUCUUAGAACUUCCUCCACCAGGGCUGGACUGGAUACCAUUUGGUACCUCUGUCAUUGUGGGACAGUCUGACGCGGACGCCUUCAGACCUUCCUCCCCUAUUGUCAGAAUGGACCUGGCCCCUGUCAAUCUGACUAUGACCUUAUAUUAUGCUGAUGGGGGGUCAGCAAGGCUAGAUCUCAAAACAACUAUCCCGGAAACAUCGUUGAAGGUGUCCAGCCUCAUUUUCAAGAAAGACACUACACGGUACCCGUUUGCCAACUUCCGGUCCAUGCAUGUCAAGGACGGUAACUCUGAUUCGGACAGUGUCCUGGUCGACGGGAAGACUGCUUUUCACGUCAUGCACGGGUGGACGUCUUUAACGGGGAGGUCGUUCUUGUUGUUCCGACGCUGUCAGUCGAAGCAUCUCACUCUGAGUCCUGACAUACGACUGGACAUUGACCAGACCACAUCUUCACAGUCUAGUCAGGUCAUGAACAGCCAACUGUGGUCUGAAUUUGUAGAAUGGAGGCGACUAAUGGGGUUCCAAUGACUGUAAUGACAUCACUUUUCAUCAUGUCAUUUAUGAAACUACAGUAUGUGUUGUCCAUGCAUCUUUCAAAGAGUAUCUUGUCACUUAUUGUAAGCCCUAGCAGGUCAAUCAAAAGUACAUUCAAUCAGUAUCUGGUCACUUAUUGUAAGCCCUAGCAGGUCAAUCAAAAGUACAUUCAAAGAGUAUCUGGUCGCUUAUUGUAAGCCCUAAAAAGUCCAUCAAAAGUACAUUCAAAGAGUAUCUGGUCGCUUAUUGUAAGCCCUAGCAGUUCAAUCAAAAGUACAUUCAUUUAUAUUUUUUUAAAUGAUAUCUUUCCCGAAAAUGCUCCGAAAUAUCUUCUGUCCUUUUUUGACGGAGAUACAUACAUUUACACUGGAGAUGCUGGAUGUGCAGAAAUGAAAAGGAUUGGUUGGCUCCACUUUUGCAGAGAAAAAUUUAGAUCUUGAGAAACAAGCUGAAAAAUAUAAAACAACGUACACAUGAAUCAUCUUAAAGUGUGUGUGUGUGUGUGUGUGUGUGUGUGUGUGUGUGUGUGGCUGGGGGCUUUAAUUUCAUCACAAAUGACUACAAGAAGCUCGACCCCCUUAAACAUAAACUUCCCUCACUAUUACUUAGAGACAACCAUGGGAAACAAAGUUUUCUAACUAAAUCUAGAGUAAGCUGGAUGUACCACGUGAUUUCCCCUUGACCUGAGGAUGUCCGCAGUUGCCUUUGUGUGGUCUAUUUAUGUAAAUGUUUCACGGACGAUUGUGUCUCAUGACUGCCAUUGCCCUGUCGGAUUGUGGUUACAUGUUUUGUUUGGGGUUUAUGUCCGUUUGCCUCAUAAAGUGUCUGUAGUAACUUGUAAAUUGAAAUAUAUCCCUUUUCCCUGCGUUGUGUCAAACCCGUGUAGCACCAGCAUGCCUGAAGUCAUGUAUUCGGUGUCUUGUUACGAACAUGCAAAGUGUUGUGUUUUGUGCAUAUAUUCUAAAUUCAUAUUCAGAAGACGACAAAAAAUUCAAAUUGUAAUUUUUCUUUGCUAUAGUUGGAAAAUUAUUUUGAAAUAAGAUGGUAAAGUAUCGAAUCUGUGUGGAAAUCUGAUUUAUUGAAACUGCGAGACCAUUGACACCCGGGCAACGAUAUCGUAAUGUUAAUGUAAUCCAUGAGUCUCAACACGUUCAAUAUGAAUGACAGAGAUUGUACGGAACACUGGCAGCUGUUCGUCUAUUACUCAUUUCCAGCACAGAUGUUUAUCCUGUAAAGGGAAUGUCAUUUGGGCGGCUGUUAUAAAUAAAUGCACGAUUUGUUAUAUAUUGUGUAUAUCUUGGGUGAACCGGUGCGUUCAAAAUCUUUAACUUUUACUGUGUGUAUUUUUAUAUUUUACUGUAUACAUAUUUUCAAAAUAAAUUUAAAUCGAUG